UUCUCACCUGUGCAGGAUACACCUUCUCACCUGUGACGUCACCUGUUCUGGACAUACAUUCUCACCUGUGCAGGCCACACCUGUGCCGACCUCACCCCUGCUGGGACCUCACCUGUGCCCAGGUGUGCACUCCCAACAUGAGGCUCCUUUACCUGCAGAGCCACCUGGGGCUGCUCCUCUACCUGUCCCUGAGCGGUCCCGCCCUGGCCCCACCCUCACCUGUCCCGCUGCGCCUGGCGGGCGGCCCCGGGCGCUGUGCGGGACGUGUGGAGGUGCUUUACCUGCACAGGUGGGGGACGCUCUGUGGCCACACCUGGGGCCUGGCCGAGGCUCAGGUGGUCUGUCGCCAGGUGGGCUGUGGCCCCGCCCUGUCGGCACCAGGCGGGGCCCACUUCGGGCAGGGGGAGGGGCCAGUGUGGCUGGACCGGGUCACCUGCACAGGCACUGAGGGCCACCUGGGUGAGUGCCAGGUGGGGCCCUGGGGAGAGGCCAGCUGUGAGCACGGCGCUGACGUGGGCGUGGUGUGUGCAGGUGAGGCAGGUGGGGCUUGGGGAGGGGCGGGUAGGGGGCUCAGGGAGGUGGGGAAAGGGAGGUUUACCUGUUUGGACCUACCUGUGACCACACCUGAGCCCAGAACCCUCCCAGACUCACCUGUUGACCCCAGAACCCUCCCAGUCACCUGCUGACCCUGAGACCCCCCAAUACUCACCUGGUUUGAUCCCAAACCCUCCCAGA